AUGGCUACGGAGCAGUGGUUCGUGGGGCCUCUUCCUCUGGGCCCCGGAGAAACGCCGCCCCCGGAGGACUUGGAACGCAGAAAGCAGCCUUGUGGAAACUCCUCGUGGUCGACGGCCCCUGUUAUUACUGGAGACCCACCGGAACCAGAGCCUGAGGACGUCCAGGGCCAGCUGCCAGAGGCCUCAGCGACCUCUACACCUUCCCCUGAGCCUCUUGUCCCCCCUGGGCCAACCCCUCCCCGCCUACCCCUAGACACUAUGUUCAGCCCCAUCACCGAACAGCUCCGCUACCUGCUCAAGAAGGCAGAUGAUUUCCAAAGCUACUUGCUCUACAGCAGGGACCGAGUACAAAAGGAGCAGCUGGCAAAAGCCAUGCCAACCUUCCUACAGAUGUGCGAACCCUACUUUCUAUACUUGGAAGCAGCUGCAAGGAGCAUUCCCCCUAUCUAUGGAGCCCUGCAGGAGCUGGUCCGAAAGGGGCUGUUAGAGAUCUCCCAACAGCUGACCCUGCGCCUGGAACAACUGGUGCUCAUGUAUGCCUCCUUUGGGUUUGUGAACUUGGAGGAAACUGACCCUCUAAGCAUCUCCUGUUUCUUCUGUGGAAGGUUCUCCAUCAGCCCUUCCCAUGAAGUAUCUAUCUUCAGAUACUGUGCCCCAGCUGCCUACACUGCUAGCCGCUUCCCCAGAUACCUCUAUAAGAAGAUGCGCUGGAACCUUGAAACCAUCCCAGGACCCAGUGGCAGGGGACAAGAUUCCCAUGUGGAAUAGUAAGUCCCCUUGCCAAAAUCAAAGUACUCCAUAACCUCUCACUCAAGGGGCGGGACUCCGGAAGGCAGGGGUUACUAAAGUCCAGGCUUGUCUGUCCCCGCCCCCGCACCCCCCCCCAGGAUUUUGUGCCCACAGCCACCUGGAGACUACCAACAGCUGCUGACCAUCGGCUUCGAGGAGCCGUCACACAUACUGGCCACCGACCUGCUGGUGCAGAUCCUCACAGGCCAAGCAGGCCCGGCCCGGCCCCCGAGCACAGCCGGGCCCGCAGCGUGGGCAGCGCAGGGGUCUUGAACCUGGGGAAGCGGGUAGAAGCUGGACCUUGAUAGUUCCAAACUCCAGCAAAGAGGCUCGCUCGUUCUCCAAGUGUACCCCGGCCUCGCCUUCCAAAGAGCCAGGCUGAAUUGAUCUGUCCGCACAGAGUUCAGCUCG